GGAGGCGGGUGAUUUGUUGGAAUCUCCACUGGAAAGCGCCUGCGUUACCAACUUCUGCUCCCCUGACAUCACUGGACUUUCCCCUUCUUUCUCAUAUAAAUAUUAGUGAAUUCUACUCCAUGAAGGCACUCAGUACACCGCAAUUCCCUUCAGAUACAACCUUGGACAGGUCUUGGGUUCAUCUAAAGUCUUGUACCAUACAAAUAAAUUGCACUGAAGUUGAAACUAAGCGACCGAAUACAGGAUGGAGAGCUAUAAGGUGACAGCAGCCGACGUAGAAGCAGCUACGGGGGAUGUUUACCAGCCUACUGUGGAAGCAGUGAGGACAUCCAGAUCUUGGUCAUGGACAAUACUUGGUGCUCUGGGCUUCCUCUGUCUCUGUGCUGUCGCAUCUUUCUGUUUUGUUUGGCAUUCAAUGAAUAAACAUCAAGCUGAGACUUUUAUGGAGCUGAAAGGUACCACAAGCACAGAUCCGUCAGGUCAACAGAAAAUGCUAACAGAGAUUGCCAAGAGCACAAAGGCAGCCAUUCACCUCCAUGCUUCGAGACAGGCCGUAGGACAAAUGUCUAGGUCUCCACGCUGGGUGAGUGGAGUGGACCAAUCCUUCACCAAAGGAGGCCUCACACUGGAGAACAACAGCAUCCUCAUUCCCCAUGACGGCCUAUACUUUGUCUACAGCCAAGCCUCAUUCAAGAUCAAGUGCCAUUCAGAUGACGAAGAAAACGCGAAAAGUAACAUACACCUGAGCUACAGCGUUCGGUGGUCAUCUCUCACGUCACCAUCCAAAGAGAAACACUUCCUGCUCAAUGGAGUCAAAUCAAUGUGCCAAGCCACAGAGAAUCAGCAGAAUGGACGUUUUGUCUAUGAUUCCAUCUAUCUAGGUGCUGUCUUUCAGCUUUAUAAGGGGGACAAACUUUCAACCGAUACCAACCAUCUUACUAACAUUGAGGAUCAAACUUCCAAGACCUUUUUUGGGGUGUUUGAGCUGUAAAAACCUGCUGAUGCUGCUUGCUAUAAAGGACACCUGUUGACCAAUUGAAAGACAAAGUGUUUUAUGUUAAAACACCAAUUUUAAGAUAUUGUAUUUCUCAGGGUGAUUUUUGAAUACUAAAUCACUUGAGGAAUGUGAAAUUACUAAUGUUUGUAAAUGUAAAGAUUUGGAUACAGUGUAUCAAAGUGCUGCGAAGUUCUCCAUUGUACUUGCUUUAUUACGAUGUUCUAGUUGGUGUGUGAAAAGGCUACUGACCUGAGACUUUGGAGAACGCUACUGCUCUGUUCUCUUUUUAAACCAGCAUGUUAAGCUUGUAUGUUCAUACUGAGAAAGUGUAGCUCACUACAAAAACUGCUUGUGUACAAACUGAACUGAAUGUUAUAAUGAAUGUACUUUUUGUUUAGUGUUUAAAGUGACUCUAAACAAGCAUUUUUUUAUUUAUUUAAUGUUAUUUUGUGGCAUUAUCUUAUGUACUUUUUCA